AUGAAAACUCGGCGCCAAAAAUCCGAAGAAUAUCCAACAACUACAGAUUUAACGCAACAAACACGUGCAAUUUUCGAAAAUCCUGGUUCUGAUAUCGAUCCAAUUGAAAUAACUUCAGAUUCUGAAGCAGAACAAGAAAUUAACUCAUUAGAAAAAAAACUAGAUAAAGGAGUCGAAUGGGAUGAACAGCAAAAUGCCCUAAUUCGUAUCAUGGGUUUAAUUAAUGGCGGUGCACUUCAAUAUGAAUCUUUCUACAAAGGAUUAAAUCGUCUAUCUCUCGGUAUCAUUCAAACAGCAUUGGAUUUGCGAAGCGCUCUUGUUAAAAACGCAUGUCUAUGCAUCGCACUAAUUGCAAUGAAAGUAGGUCAAGAAAUUGAUUUAGUAGGUGAUUUCAUUUCGUCUUUGAUAUCGAGAGUUUCACACGGUACACAGAUUAUUGCAGAGAGUAGCUAUUAUGCUAUUAUUACUAUUGCUAAAUUUUGUCCUUCCCGGAGAGUAAUGCUAUCUAUUUUUGAUAUUACGAAGUCAAAAGGAUCUGCAAUGAAAGAAUGUGCUGCAGAAGCACUAAAACAAACAAUUAUCAGAUGGAAUAUCGAAAUUCUUUCAAAAUAUUCAAAACAAAUCGAAGAUACUAUUUCAAAAUUAAUCUCUGAUGCGAACUCUUUAGUCCGACAGAAAGCCCGCGAAACAGUACUAGCACUCCAAACAGCAUUACCCAAAUCUGCUGAUAUUAUACUUUCUAAUUGCGAUGCCAGAACGAAGAAAUCGAUUUCUCAAGAGACAAUUGAAACAUGCGACGAAAGAAUAGGUUCUGUUGAAAAGAGGAAGCGCGCUCCCAGCGUUGCAUCUACUACACGUUCUGAUUUAUCAUCAAGAGAGCAUAGAGCUCCAUCUUUACAACCAAAACGAACAACAACGAGUCAACAAGCCAGAAAAGACACGAAUUUCAAUACUACGACAUUUGGAAAGCGUCUAGAAAGUCGUGCCGACGAUAGAGCAAGUACUAUGUCAACACCUACAACAAGAAAGAAAACAAAUGAAACUCCUUUGUCUUCCCGACGUCAAAAAGAAGAAAAGGAGUUGGAAACAACGGCCAAAACGCAGAGAUCCGAAUCUGUUGGAUCAAGAAUGCGUCAUAAUGCAUCAUCAAUUUCAGAAAAGCCAAAGAAAAACCAGGAAGAUGAAGUUAUUCCUCCCAUUAAAAAACAAAAAAGUGACACAAGGAUAGGAAUGCGAAAAACCAAAGAAAUUGAUGAAAAGCCAAAGACAGCUAUAAAGAAAUCAGCAGAAGAACAAUCCCCAAGACGUCCAAAGACAUACGCACCUCAUGAAUAUGAUGAUUAUAACUUUAUGGAAACAAGAACAAGUGAUUUAAGUGUUUUUAAUAAAGUUACUGAAAAUUUAACAUCACAAGAUUAUAGACCAGAAUCGAGACUUAGUCCUCGAUCUCAACAGAAUCCUUCUGUAUUUGACCGACCACAGGCAAGUCAUUCAAGCGCAUCAAAUAGGAAAAGUAAACCUCACAAUUCCGAAAAAUUUGAAAGUCGCCGUCAAGAACCCGAAAACAACGAUCACUUGCUCGAAGGCGAAGAACCAAUGUUCCUAGAGACUCUUCAGGGUGAUAUCGAUGAUGGGCGCGUUCAAGAACUCAAAUCCAACAUCAAAUUUGUUGUUGAUGGUUGUUUACAAUGUUGCUCAUCGAAUUCGGCUCUUAUAUCAUCCCAAGCAUUGACGGCAAUGAAAUCAUUAGUCACUGCAUUCCCAUCUUACUUCACCGGCCAAAUUCUAGAGCGAUUACUUGAUGUUUUGACAGAAUCAAUCACUGUUGGAAAUCCAAGAUCAUCAAAUGCUGCUCAGCAAUUGUUCAUGGCAUUGCCACAAGCAUUAGAUAUCAACGAAGUCAUAAAUGUCGCCUUGAAACAAGUCCCUUCCCUAUCAAUCACCUUGCUGUUGGCAAACCUCGUAAGCCAAGGAGCGAAUAUCAGCGCACAAAGAACAAGCCACAGACUGUUAAAUCAUGCCUUCAAAACACAUAAUCUUGGAGACGUAAAAGACAGAAAUACUGCAGGAAUGAUAGUGCAAAAUGUCUACAAAGCGAACAAAGAAAGCGUGCUGAGGUUUAUUGAAGGGUUGAGGGAAACACAACAGAAGCAAUUCCAUGAUUUCGCAGCUCCUUUCAUUCCCGAAUUAGUCAAUAAAUUUGACAUGGAAAUACCAAAAUUUUCUGAGAAAAAUUUGGCAGAAUUUUUGCCGAAAAUGGAAGAAAUUCUCAAGACAUCGAGUGGAGAAACAUGGAAUACUAUUCGUACUAAGUAUCUCCAUGAGCUGAAUACUGCUUUGAUCAAGUCAAAAGAAGUUGAAUUAAUUAUGAAAUUAAUUCAACAAACAUUCCAGCAGAGAGGUUGUCAAGACUUCGAAAUAGUUGUCCCUGGCUUACUAACUCAAGCUCAUGGUCCUGUUAAUACGAAAAACGCUGAUGCAGCAUUAAGAUUAGUAAUGAAAGUUUUGAAGCCAUCGGAUGUCUUUGAUUGCAUCAAGACUUACAUGGGAUCAUCAGAUAUGGCUAUAUCUAAAGCAGCCAUUGACUUUUGCACAAGAUCAUUUCCGAAAUUGGACAAAAGUAUUGUUGAAAACGUUGUUGAUUCAUUGAUUCCUGAUCUAUCUAAGUGCUUCGAAUCACCAGCCCCUGAAGUCCGUAAAUCUGUUGUAAUGUGCUUCGUCGAGUUAUGUAUCGUGUUGGGUAAGGAACAAAUUGAUAAAAGGAUAACUCAUUUGUCUAAGGCUCAACAAAAGCUUAUUUUGAUUUACUAUCAACGCAAGACCGGAAAUUAA